AUGAAUUCAAAAAUCCUGCUUAAGAUUACUGACAAAAAUCUUUAGAAAGAGUAUAUUCUCCGAAGAAAUAAGGAAAUUUGUAUUAUAAGCAGCCUAAUAUUUCUAUCAAGAAUAAUCAUUUUCAUAGCUCACAUUGUCUCUGCUGUCACCAACCAAAGAAUAUUUAUUUUCGAUUAAUGGGCAGUACGAGUUGCAAAUAGCGUAUUUCAUUUGCUUAUUUUGGGAUUGGCAUACAAAUUUCCUUUGAUUUUUUCAGAGUUGCAUGCACCACUACUGACAAUAUCAUUCUGUGCAAACUUGUUUCAUGUCAGUAUUUCAAAAAAUAAUCCGCCAGGGCUUGUGAGUAACGUCAUUGGAUAUGCUUUUUUUAUGAUAUCAGGACUCAUUACAAAUAGUAGGUGGAUAUAUACUGCUAUUGCAAUGACUGUAACUAUGACGAUAACUUGUGCUUUUUAUGCAACUUACAUGGGCUUAUCUGAAGUAACUAUUAUGAUUCAAUAUAUCUGUGUUGCUUUGCUGACAAUGUACUCAAGCUAUCAAAAUGAAUCCAGAAUGAAGACAGAAUAUAUAUAAAUGGAGCAAAUAAAGAAAAUGAACAAUGAUCUAUAAAGUAUCCUCAUGAAUUUCCCUGAAGGAAUUGUGCUAUUCAAUCAAGAUAAGGAGCAGAUUGUACUAGCAAAUCAAGAGUUCAAGAGGAUUUUCAAUUGCCCCAAUGCAAUAAUAGAUGAUAUGAAAUCUCUGGGUGAAAAGUUUAAUUCAAAUAUGCUAAAGCCUGUGAAUUUCCUCAAUAGAUAGGAAAAUGAUGGUUUGAAUUAAAAAGAUAAUAAACUUAAUCAGAAAUAUAGUCUUAACGAUGCACCACUUAGAUUUACUGAUGGAUAAUGCUUUUAGAUUGAAGAUGAUUUCGAGGAAGCAUUAAGGAAAAUAGAUGAGCUGGAAAACAAUACAAAAAGAGUAGAACAAGCUUAAAAGGAGCUGGUAACUUUAAAAGAAAGUAAAAUAUUUUAUCAAAGCAACUAGUUAAGAAUGAUCAUGAUUAAGAGUUUAACUCCUAUAAUGAAAUAUGAAAAGUUAAAACUUGAAAAUCAUUUUUACGAAAUGCUUACAGCUACUGUAUCACAUGAUAUGAGAACUCCUCUAAAUGCUAUGACUGGUCUACUAGACAGCAUUAAGACAUUCAUAGGGGAUAAUCAAAAAGGUCUAAGAUUGUUAAAAGUAGUUGACAACUCCUGUAAAAUACUUCUUUCCCUAGUGAAUGACCUCUUAGACUUUUCUCAAAUAAAAAAUGGUAAAUUCAGGAAGAAUGAGUAAAUUGUUGAUAUUAAAAAAUCAGUGUAAGAUGCCCUAGACAUUAUCAAGCUAGCAGUAAAUGAAAAAGGACUAGAAUUAAGAGUUAAAUUUGAUUCAAAUAUUCCUCCUGAGUUAAUAACAGAUGGCCCAAGAAUUAAUCAGGUCCUACUGAAUCUCCUCUAAAAUGCUUUGAAGUUUACUUCCUUCGGUUAUAUUUAAGUUAGCUGCUAAUUUGUUGAGGGUAUAAAUACAUUGAAAUUCUCAGUUAAGGAUACAGGAAUAGGAAUUAAAAAUGAAGACAAGUCUAAACUAUUCACUCUAUUUGGAAAAAUUGAAAGUACAAAUUCAAUGAAUACAAGUGGUGUUGGCCUAGGACUUAAUAUUUGUAAGCAAAUAGUCGAAAUGCUUGGAGGAGUGAUUAGCGUGUCAGAUAAUCUGAACGAACAGGGAACAACAUUUAACUUUACUGUCAUUUGCUUUGAGGAGGAAGGGGAUGUGAAGUUCAACAGCAUUAUAAAUUCAGCAAGGUCUAAUACUAUAUAAUUUCAACCAGUUGAUGAUGGUGAAAGUGAUUAGCUUGUUGAGCAUAAGAAUAUUAGUCUAGACAUAGAUGAUAGUUAUGAAGCUUCAAGUAUUCAGAGCAAGUAUAGUUAAUUCGAUAUAUAACUAUAUGAUAAUCCUCCAGUGUAAGCAUCUUAGAAAAAGAGAAUGAUCUCAAGAAUCCCAUGCUCAUGCAGAACAAGAUCUGAUGUCUUAGUAGUCGAUGACAAUAUUUUCAACAUAGUCACUCUUCAGACCAUUCUAGAAUAUUAAUUCAAUAUUAGCUCAGACAAGGCAAUGAAUGGUUAAGAAGCUGUUGACAUAGUAAAACAUAGGAUAGCAAUGAACAACACUAAUUAAUGCAUAUGCUACAAUUAAAGGUAAAACUAUAAGGUUAUUUUUAUGGAUUGCAACAUGCCAAUAAUGGAUGGCUUUCAAGCUACUUCAGAGAUUAGGAAUCUCACAUAUAAUGAUGAAUUGCAGAUUUUCAUAGUAGCAUUAACAGCAUAUACUACAGAGAAUUUCAAGUAAAAGAGUGCUGAUUAUGGAAUGGAUAUAUUUAUGAAUAAACCAGUCACAGCAGACUGCAUUAGAUAGAUUCUUAUUAAUCACAAAGUUAUAGAUGGAUGA